AUGCACAGCCUGAGCCCUGCCGUCUCAGACGUUGGACAGUAUGGCGACCGGCGUGAGAUGGAAAUCAUUACGGAGAAGUUCUACUCAAACCUUUUCUAUUCAUCACCUGUAUCAAGCCCGAUCAUCCCCACUGGUAAAGCUCCACAUGGAAUUCUCCCUUCGGAAGUUCGAGUCGCAAUCAAGAGCAUGAAACCUGGCGCAGCUUCGGAAGCUGAUUUUAUAUAA